GCCUUUUUGACUCGACCAUGAAUUCCUCUCUCUCUCGCUCGCAUAAUUCUCUUUAUAAUCUUUGUUUUUGCUUUGGCGCUCUUUUUCAUACUCACUCUAAUCCAAAUGGCACUUCAAUCAUCGCUGUUCCCAUUUGCUUUUCUGGAAAAAACGACGAGAAAUUUGUAGCGAAGCUCCUUCUUUCUCCUCCAAUUUUCCGCCCUUCGAUCGUUACAUAAAACCCUGUCAUAAUCUCUAAAGCUCGCUUGGAUUGCAACCUAAUUCGUUUACUUCUUCUUUUUCCGUCGAGCUUUUGGGGAUUUUGGGCUGAAUUCUUUGCUGUUGAUUUGCUGGUUGUGUGCUUGUGUUGGGGUCUAUCAAGUAUUGUAGUGAAGUCAAGGUGCUGCGUUGGGAUUGCUUUGUAGUACACCAAUCUUCGUCUUCAGUAAAUGGGCUGCAUUUUUUCUAAAGAAAACAGACAAUUUCCAGGAUAUGAAGAUCCUAUAAAUCUUGCCUCACAAACAGCUUUUAGUGUCAGUGAAGUUGAAGCAUUGUUUGAGCUGUACAAGAGCAUCAGCAGUUCUAUCAUAGAUGAUGGUUUAAUAAACAGGGAAGAAUUUCAGCUGGCCAUUUUUAAUAACAGAAAGAAGGAAAAUCUGUUAGCAAAUCGGCUCUUUGAUCUAUUUGAUGUUCAGCAGCAAGGGUUCAUUGAUUUUGGUGACUUUGUAAGAUCAUUGAGUGUCUUUCAUCCUAAUGCUCCCGAGGAAGACAAGAUUGAAUUUUCGUUUAAGCUUUACGAUUUGGAUAACACUGGAUUCAUUGAGCGGCAAGAGGUGAAGCAGAUGCUAAUUGCCCUUCUUUCUGAAUCUGAGAUGAAGCUGGCUGAUGAGACAAUAGAGAUAAUCCUUGAUAAGACAUUCAUGGAGGCUGAUGUGAAGGGAGAUGGGAAGAUAGACAAGAGUGAAUGGCAAAGUUUUGUGUGUAAGAAUCCAUCAUUAUUGAAAGUGAUGACGCUUCCAUACUUGAGGGACAUAACAACCACCUUCCCAAGUUUUGUGUUUAAUUCUGAGGUGGAUGAGAUUGCCUCGUAACAGAGGAAGCUAAGAAGCUGUUGUUGUUGUUUUCUUUGAAGGGAAGAAAACAGAACUGAGUUUACUGAUUCAACCCAAUUAUGAGACAUUUUCCCUUUCCUUCCCCCACACAUAAUAAAUAAGUUUUAGGAAAAUAUAUCAGUGUUAUAAGUGUUUGUUAAGAAUGAGAAAUAGAAUUGGGAUCGAAAGUAUGAUCUUCAUUAAUGUUUACAACGUUUGAAUAGGAUACAAACUAUCAACCAAUACUUAAAAA